CCCACUCUCACUCCAAACUCAAAUCAACCCAACCCAACCCAACCCAAAACUCAAGCUAAAUUCUCACUCUCACAACUUCAAUCUCUUUCUCUCUCUCUCUCUCUCUCUCUUCCAAAAAAAUGGCUUUGGAAGCUCUCAACUCACCAACAACAACCGCCCCAUCUUUCCCCUUCGACGACCCAACUAUUCCAUGGGCCAAAAGAAAACGUUCAAAGCGUUGUUCACGCGACCACCCUUCGGAGGAAGAGUACCUCGCUCUCUGCCUCAUCAUGCUCGCUCGCGGCGGCACCACCCGCCGCGUCAGCACUCCACCGCCGCAACCGACUCCAGAUCCUUCCACCAAGCUCAGUUACAAAUGCUCCGUUUGCAACAAAAGCUUCCCCUCUUACCAAGCGCUCGGUGGACACAAGGCCAGUCACCGGAAACUCGCUGCCUCCGGCGGCGAAGACCAACCCACCACCACCUCCUCCGCCGCCAGCUCCGCCAACACCGCCUCCGGAGGUAGGACCCACGAGUGCUCCAUCUGCCACAAGUCCUUCCCCACCGGACAGGCCCUCGGCGGACACAAACGUUGUCACUACGAAGGUAACAGUAAUGGAAAUAACAACAACAGUAACAGCUCUGUCACCGCCGCCUCGGAAGGCGUGGGGUCCACCCACACCGUGAGUCACGGCCACCACCGAGACUUCGAUCUCAACAUCCCGGCUUUUCCGGAUUUUUCGACCAAGGUCGGAGAAGACGAGGUUGAGAGCCCUCACCCUGUCAUGAAGAAGCCUCGCCCCUUCGUCAUUCCCAAGAUCGAAAUCCCUCAAUAUCAAUGAACUCUAUGAAUUUUUUAUUUUUAUUUUUUUCGAUUAUUUUGGAGAAUUUUGAGAUUUACUAUAAUUUGAUUUUGUACAUAGUCCUACCUGGAAGUUUUGUUGAACCGUACGUACCGGACCCAGUUCUCUGAUUUAGGUUGUACUUUCACAGUGACAGAUUUGCAAUUCAAUUCAAUUUCUUUAUUUAAUUUAUAAAAUUA